CUUUUCCCUUCUCUCUGCUGUCCUUCUCAAAGCACGUGUGAAAUUAAAUUACAAUAUAAAUUUUUACUUAUGUUCUUUCUUAAAUUACACAUAAAACUAUAGGGGAGAAAAAUAUUACUGUGAAUUUUACGCAGUAGGGAAAAAAACAGAAAGAUAAAUUUACCCCGAUUUUUUUUUCUGGAGAACAAACAUGGCCGAUGCGUGAAUGUUGAGCUGCAUUUCUUGGCAAUAUCAAUUUUUUUAAAUUAAUGCGAAAUGUGAUGAAGGAUGUCGGGAAAAGAAACUGAGGAGCAACAGCGCUUGAGAUUCCAGAUUGAAUUGGAAUUUAUACAAUGUUUGGCUAAUCCUAACUAUUUGAAUUUUUUGGCCCAAAGAAGCUAUUUAAAAGACAAAGCUUUUAUAGCCUACUUGAAGUAUCUGCAGUAUUGGAAGAGAUCUGAAUAUGCAAAGUAUAUAAAGUAUCCUAUUUGCUUAUAUUUUUUGGAAUUGCUGCAGUACGAGCAUUUUAGAAGAGAAAUAAGUAAUGCCCAAUGUGCCAAGUUCAUCGAUGAUCAACUAAUUUUACACUGGCAACAUUAUACAAGGAAACGUACAAGGUUUCUUCAAUCGCAGCCUGAAGUAGCUCCUGUUUCAACUUCACAAACUGUGCAAAAACCAGCAUGAUUCUGAAUAAAUAUAUUUUAAACUCUCA